AUGGCAAACGAGCAAGGCAACAUCAAUGUCAAUCCUAAUGGAAAUGGUGAAGGAAAUGGAAACGGUGAGGGAAACGGUGUAAAUCAACCCCUACCGGCAAGGAGAGCUAUGUCCGACUAUAUUGCACCCGACUUGGAUGAACACAAUAGCAUCAACAUUCCGGGUGUUGAGGCCAACAACUUUGAGAUCAAACCGGCAAUCAUACAAAUGGUGACAUCCGAUCAAUUUGGAGGGUCGCCAAUGGAAGAUCCAAAUGCUCAUAUAACCAAGUUUCUCCGGAUUUGCAGCACCUUUAAGAUGAAUGGAGUUCCGAAUGAAGCAAUCAAACUCCGACUUUUUCCUUUUUCACUAAGGGAUAAAGCUGACAGUUGGCUCAUUUCUUUUCCCGCAAAUCAUUUUGCUAGUUGGGAUCAACUUCAUAGGGAGUUCUUGAAGAGAUUCUAUCCACUUUCAAAGACUCAAAGGAUGAGGAGAGCCAUUCAAAACUUCAAGCAAAUUCCAAAUGAAUCUCUAGCCGAAUCUUGGGAGAGGUUUAAGGAACUACAAAGGCAAUGCCCUCAUCAUGGUAUUCAAGGAUGGGAUCUAAUGAUGGCUUUCUAUGAAGGUUUGCUUGAUAAUUCAAAGAUCUUGGUGGAUGCUUCAUCGGGAGGGUCAUUCACGGUUUUGGAACCUACUCAAGCCGAGGAACUACUUGAAAAGAUUGCAACAAAUGGAACAACUUGGUAUUCGGAGAGAUCUUCACAAAGGCUUGUGGGAGGAUUUCAUGAUGUUGAUCGAAUAUCCGCCUUGUCGGCUAAGGUGGAUAAUAUGGCAUCCAUGGUUCAAAAGAUAGCUCAAAUCACUCUCCAAAAUCAAAAUAUGAGCUAUACUUCUACUACUCCCAAUUUUUCAAGGCAAAUCAUGAUGUGUGAAUUAUGUGGAGGAGAACACAAUAUGGGAGAAUGCUUAAAUGAUGAUAUGGGUUCUCAAUCUACUUUGGAGCAUGUUGAUUUGGUAGGAUACGGUAGGCAACAACAAUCAUUUCAACCUCAAGGGGUCUACAAUCCAAACGCACCAAGGAAUCAUCCCGGUUUUUCUUGGAGUAAUCCGAUGGGGGCUGCAAAUCCCCAAAACUUUGGUAAUAGAGGACCGCCACCGGGAUUCCAAGGGCAGCAAAAUUUUAGAGGUGGCCAACAACAACAAUCCAUGCCAAAUCAAGGAUUCCAAGCCCCGACUACUCAACCAAGGCAAUCUUCAGAAAAUUCACCUCCACCAAAUUGGGAAGCCAUGAUGGAAAUGAUGUUUAAAUCUCAAAUGAAGAGUGACGAGAGGUUUAGGCAAUUGACAGAGAAGUUGGAUCAAUUGGGUGCUCAUAACAAAAUGUUGGAAAGACAAAUUGCAAACCAAGCUUCUACUUCUAGUACUCAAGUCACAGGUAAGUUGCCCGCUUACCCUGAAAAUCCAAGGGAACAUGUCAAUGCCAUUAUAACAAGAAGUGGAAAGGAACUUGAGGAACCAUCUUUCCAAAUUGAAAAGCCAAUGCCAAGAGGAAGGAGUAAUGGAGAAAUUGAAGAAGAAGUUGAAAAAGAGGAAGCUACCCCUCCCACUUCUAUCCCAAAUCAACGAGUUCAUAACAAAGAUGAUGGAGUGAAGCCGGAGAGGAAAUAUGUACCACCUUUGCCAUUUCCUCAAAAAUUUCAAUGUCAAGCCAAAGAGAGUAGAUGGAAGAAAUUCUUGAAUUUGGUUGAAAAUUUGAAUGUGUCUAUCCCUUUGCUUGAUUUACUCACUCAAGUGCCUUCUUACGGCAAGUUUUUAAGGGAGAUUCUCUCGAGAAAAAGAAAACUUGGUACUCAAGAGAUGAUUGCUAUGACACAAGAGUACCGGACCCUAAUACAUGAUGAAGGAAAGUUUCCUACCAAGCUAAGGGAUCCCGGGAGUUUCACUAUCCCAUGUGUCAUUGGAGGGUUCACCAUAAAUAGAUCACUUUGUGAUCUAGGAGCAGGUGUUAAUGUAAUGCCUCUAUCUCUUUGCAAAAGGUUAAAUUUGGGAGAGCCAAAGCCGGUUCAACUCACACUUGAAUUUGCCGAUCGGUCAACCAAAAGCCCUAUUGGAAUACUUGAGGAUGUCCCGGUUCGAGUGGAUAAAUAUUUUGUGCCUUGUGAUUUUGUUGUUAUGGAUAUUAGAGAAGAUCCGUAUAUUCCAAUCAUAUUAGGGCGGCCUUUCUUGGCUACAACUGGAGCUAUAAUUGAUGCAAGGAAGGGAUCAAUAAUUUUUGACUUUGGAGAAGAGAAAGUAGCAUUUAAUGUUUUUGAUGAGCCUAAAUCUCCUUUUGUUGAAAAAUGUUAUCGGGUUGAUGAGGUUGGUAACAAGAGAUUGGAGAAGGGUGAAGAGUUUGAUGCUCUUGAUGAGAGAACUUUUGAUGAGCAUAAAAAGUUUAAAAAAAUUUUACAUGAGGAAGUUGGUGAUGUUGCACUUUUGGAGAAAGAAUCUAAGGUGAGAAAAAUUGAAGAAUAUGAAUUUUUGUUUGAAGAUGGAGGCCAAGUUCUACAAAAUAAGGGUAAAGAUUGGGCAAACAAUUCUAAAUUGAAGGCAUUGAUAGAAGAAUACCCUAUGGCUUUCAAGAGUUUUGUUGAGCGCUUCAUCGAGGCUAGGAAUUGGAAAUGCCUCGAAAAUCAUCCAGGAUGA